CACUGCUCAUCCUUUCGGUUUUGUCAGUGUAUGGGAAUGCUGGACAUCAACACACAGCGAGGGAUUUGGCCGAAAGCACUCCUCCUCGGCGUCUGAACCCUGCUGCUUUCACCCCCGGUUGGAAGAUACAGAUGUCAGAAGCCGAGACAGACAAGGUAAAAAUCAAACCAGCAGAAAGUUUUGAACAUGACAAGCAAAAUAUUUCUUGGCUGAAAAAAGAACUGGGCAGCCCCAUCCUACAGCCCCUUGGAGACUCAGACAGCUGCACCAGCUCCCUGCCUCUCCCAGUGCUCACUGGGGUGACGCUGAGCAGCGAGGACCGUCCAGAUAACCAGCUUACAAAUGAAAAACAUACAGAUGAAAAGCCUGUGAAAGGUAUUGUUAUGAGUUCUGUCGCAGAAUUCAGCAUCACAGACACUUCAUCAAAGGGUACCAAAAGUGAGAAGAAAUUGUCAGAUGCGAGCACAUCAUCCAUUGCUUCCCUGGAGAAAUGCAGAGAAUUCACUUACAUUGAAGAUGAUGCAUCAGUACAUCAGACAGACAGUGACGAUGAAUGUGCAACACUUAUCCUGGCCUGCUUGUUCUGCCAAUUUUGGGACUUUCUUAUAAUGCUGCCUGAUACCUGUGAACAUUGGCUGACAGAUACCUGUUGUCCAUCCAAUAGAUACUACCAGACCUCCAACGAAGACCAUGCCAACAACGACUGCAACUGUGACUGUGACAUUGAUUGCAGCCUUUUCGAGUCCUGCCACGAGACUGGGGAAUGUCUGGAACUUGCCAUGGAGAUUUCCGAAGUCUGCUAUCGCUAACAGGAAAAUAAUUGACAAAAUUCCUCAAAACUGCCCAAAAGUGAACUGACAAGUUCAUUUUUGUUUGUUUUUUUAAAGAUGACAAUAAUGACCAGAGUGUUUGCCAGCCAGGACUAUGCACCAUGCUGCUCCCACCCUGGAGUAUUUCAGAAACUGGGCUUCCUCUUCAGAGAGCCAUCCUAUUCCCACACUAAACUGACUUCCGAGGCCAGAGAAAUACCCAUUUAUCAGAUUUGAACAUGGGUAGACAUUCCAGUGAAACAGAAAUAUUUGGAACAAUUCAAGGCGCUCUCUGUAUUUUUUAUUUACUGGGAAGGAAGCUCUGAGAGCUUGAGUAGGAGGCGUUUGGGUGGAUGGCUGUUCUGAACAUGUUGGACUCAGCUGUGCUCCCGGGGAGAUGUCAGCUCCACAGCGUGUGAAACCAGCUC